GUCGGCUUUGGGUUUUCGCGCAGGCAAACUCAAGAUUCCGUCAUUUUCCGGAGCCCGCUGUGAAGCCAAUGGUUGCUGCGCUGCUGCGCGACAUGUUUGACCACUGCAGCAGCCAGGAUAUGGAGGUAUGCGGGGCAGGCCUAUAUGCUGUGCUGUACUUCGUUGGCAUCUCUUCGGCGCCGCUUCAGGAAGCAGCCGCUGCAGGCAUCCUGAGCCUCAUGAAGCAGAACAUGCAAUCUCCAGCCAGUUUGUGGGGAUGGUAUCACAAAAGAAGUGCAUUGAAAUGUUUGAGCCGCGCCUGCAAAGCUUUGAGCACAGCCCGAAAGCAAGAAUGCAUGGCCCUGUUGGCGUCGAUGUUAGAGCUCGAGCCGGACUGGCAGAGACAGCUGGACAUCAUCUCUGAAAUGCAGAUCUUUUGUGGAGCUGUCGCAGAUUCUUGGCUUACCUAUACAGCAACUGCCCAGCAGCUGGCGCACAUGGAGCGGUCGGAUGCGGUGCAUGGCGAAGUCCGUUGCCGACUGUUCGAGCUGUUCUGA